GUCAAGGUGCUUUUGUUGUAUUGUGAACUCAGAAAAUGGACUGUUUAUAACGUACGGUUUGGUUUUUUGUGGACCUAGAAAGGGAAAGGACAUCGAUUUGCAUUCCCUGUGACCUUUUAGGUAACAUGCUUGGACAAUACACUAAUCAGAGAUGUGACCUAUUAUGCUAUUUGGAAGCAUCGAGGAAGAUUUCAAUAUAACAGAUAAAUCUAACGAUUGUAACGAAUGUCUGCCAGACGAAAAGCUAGAAAAAGCGUUCCAUAGCUCUCUACAAGAGGGCAGCAGCUUACCACUACUUAAGGAGGAACUUCGUCUCAAAAUUCAGCACGAACGACUGAAGAGUGGACAAGAUGAACUGGUUGUAGCUCAAAGUCCACCAAAACCCGACAUUUUGACGUUACCGGAAGUGUUUAAAAAGAAUCGACGACGGUACCAGAACCGCCAGUCAGCUGAUCGGUCAAGACACCGAGGGAAAGAAUAUGAAAAACAACUUUUAGAGACAAUCUCACAGCAGGAGAAGCGGAAGGCCAACUUGGAGCGGCUCAGAGACCGACUCAUGGGUACGAAACAAAUGCUUACAGAUGCGUUAAAUCAACACACAAAAUGUUCCAUAAGUGUUGGAAGAGACAUUACAUCACAGAGGUUUAUAUCACUGCUGGGAUCAGAUUGGCAUGGAAAGAUGAUGCCAAAUUAACAGAUAUCGAGAUGACAAGAAAUGGCAUACAAGCAGUUUUUUUUCUGACGUCAGAUUUCUCAGUAUACCGUUGUGUUUUGUUUUAAUGCUAAAAUAUUGUUGCUUUGUCGCUUUGAAUUGUACAGUACUAGCCUGUGAGU